AAUUCGGGGAAAUCGUUUUUUUUUUUCCCCUAAGAAAAGUCAUACGAAAUAAAGGCUUCUUAGCGAGGAAUCACGAUAACGGAAGCCGGGGUUCCCGACCGAUCAGACGCUCUGAGAGCUGCCGGGAGUACGGAUGCAAACACAGGCGCCGCGCCAACGACGCACCGAUAACGCCCAAGCCGUAUCUCCAGACGAGCAACACGGCCCCGCAGAACCAUCUUCGCCAUGAUAUUGCUCGUUGCCGGAGGCGCCCCGUUGCCUAAAAUACCCACUGGCCUUUGGAGAGGCGACGCAGCCCCAACGGUUAAAUAACGGAGCAUCGUCUACGCCGAGUGCUUCAAGUGCCAUGAAGGUGUUGGGCGUCGAGUUCGCGCCGCUCAACAUACCGCUCAAGCGGCGGAUGCAGACGCUGGCGGUUGUGAUCGGGGCGGGACUUUUCUUCUUCGGCGUCUUCUGGGGCACCGGACUCUUCGUGUACCUGCUCUUCUUCACGUCCUUCUACUACCUCCCGCUGCUGUACGUCGUCUGGAUGGUCUACGAUUCCAAGACGCCCAAACGCGGCGGACGUCCCAUCGGCUGGGUUCGUCGGUGGCCCAUAUGGUGCUACGCCCGGGACUACUACCCCGUGAGUCUGGUGAAGACCGGCGAGUUGGACCCCAGCCGUAACUACAUCUUUGGCUACCACCCGCACGGCAUCGUCUGUGCGGGGGCUUUCAUCAACUUCGCCACAGACUCGACGGGCUUCGACAAGCUCUACCCGGGCAUCAAGACGUUGCUGCUCACGCUCAAUAUGAACUUCUACAUUCCCUUGUCGCGGGAACUGGCCAUGUUUUACGGUCUUAUCUCGGCGGACAGGGACAGUUUGCGGUGGAUGCUGACGAAGCAGGGCGGGGGAAAUGCGGCCAUCAUCGCCGUCGGCGGUGCUCAAGAGGCCCUGGACGCUCACAAGGGCAUGUACGUGCUGACGCUCAGGAACCGCAAGGGAUUCGUCCGCUGCGCACUGCAAUGCGGGGCUGACCUGGUGCCGGUUUUCUCCUUCGGUGAGAACGACAUCUUCUACCAGGUAAAGAAUCCACCAGGGUCAAGACUGCGCUGGUUCCAGGAAAGAAUGAAGGCCGUGACGGGCUUAUCGCCCGUCAUCUUCUACGGAAGAGGAAUCAUGCAGUACAACUUCGGCUACGUCCCCUUCAGGAAAAAGAUCGUCGUCGUUAUGGGGAAACCAAUCGGAGUGCCCAAAAUAGAAGACCCAACGGCGGAGGACGUCUCCAUCUGGCACGAAAAGUACAUCACAGCCUUGACGGAGCUCUUCGAAGAACACAAGGCAAAGUGCGGUGCUGAGGACGCCUCUCUGACCGUGCUGUGAAUACGCUCUGGCAGUCACAAGGCCCGAGGAAAACGUCUCUGCAGUCACCCCUUCGCCACGCGUUUGAGGUUCGCUGUGAUUUCAGCGUUGGACAUUUUCCCGUCUAUAUGACCAACGUUGAAUCUUCUCUUCAGCGAAUGGGUCAGGCUAGCCAUGGCCGGCCAGGCCAGCUGCGGCUGUUUUAUUGACAGCCCUUUCCGGUAAACGGGUUGGCUCGGGCUCCGUCCGCAGUCCAAUGCAAUGGUUUCUGCGCGCAAACUUCAAGAUUUAUUUCUUGCGAAAUUCAGAUAGUACUUUUUGUUUCGUUUUUCUUUUCUUCCAAACUCAAAGCUUAUCCAAGUUUUUUUUUUUUUUUUUUCAUAUUUAUUCGGAUGGCGCGUUCCAAUCCCGGCCAAGGUGCCCGCAAUCUGACGGAGGUUUAAUGCGGAGGGGCCGCCGGGUAACCGAGAUUUCGGGUAGGAAGUUAAAAGAUCCCCGGGCAAUCGAAAUUAAUCUUCAGUCCUCCGCCGAAGCGUGCCAGAUGCCCUUCGUUAGUUUAGCACGUAAAACACCGAAAUAUUUUUGUUUUGUUCUGUUUAAAACACUUAGGAAUCCGGCGUUUGGUUUUGCUGUAUUUCUCAAACUCUAAAAUUCGAAAAACGAAAGGAAAUACGGGUAUAGGCAGAGUCUCACGUAUUUGUAACUCCGCAGUAUCAACGUUUCAAAGUGUGCGGGGGUAUUUGGACGAGGUUUCUUCGGCGCAAUAUGGGUUUUUAUUGUUGAUGUCCUGCGAUUUUCAGGGAGACCUGUGUGCUGAAUGUUCUAUGAAACAACCUGCAAAGGACGGUUUCUACGGUAGUCGUUCAUUCUACAAAAGAAACACUUUAAUUCUGGACGUAAUAACUGGGAAGUUUUCAUUUGCUUUCCAUUGCAUUGAGUGAAAAGCAGGGUAUUCUUGCCGCUUGAGGAGGUAAAGCUAAACUCCAGAGCCCCCCCCCCCCCCCCCCCCCUCAUUACCUCCCUUAUUCAUAACAUCCAUGUAACAUACAUGGUACGAGUACGAAAAAGCAAAGAAGAUAUUCGCUCUGUGUUUUCUUCCUCAGACUACGUCCAUUUUACUCGAGUUCAUCUUCGAAUAAAUCAAUCUUUUUGUGCCUCGGA